AUGGAAUUAGCAGCAAAAAAUGCUAAAAUUAUGGAGGAAAUAAUUCCAAAUGUUGUGAAGUACGCUCCCGACACCAUUUUACUAAUUGCCACGAAUCCUGUUGACGUUUUAACCUAUGCAAGCUACAAGCUGUCGGGUUUUCUUGCGAGUAGGAUUAUUGGGUCUGGCACUCUUUUGGACUCGACUAGGCUCAGAUGUAAUAUUGGCAGAUAUUACGGUAUUUCGUCAGACAGUGUAGAAGCUAGCAUCAUCGGAGAACAUGGUGAUUCAGAGCUUGCGGUGUGGUCCAGAGCAACAAUUGCGGGCAUGAGCCUUGCUGAAUUCUCUGCAGCUACUCAGCAAAAGUAUGACAAAGAGUCCCUGCAUAAAAUAUUCGAACAUACUCGUGAUGCAGCUUACAACAUUAUAAAGCGCAAAGGAUACACCGCGUACGGAAUUGCGGCUGCUCUGACACGUAUUGUGGAAGCCAUUUUGAGAGAUGAAGGAUCUCUGCUGACAGUUUCGAUUGUUGGAAAUUACUAUGGAGUAAAGGACGUGGCUUUGAGUGUUCCAACAAAAGUCGGAAGAGACGGCGCACACCACAUUAUGGACUUAAUUUUGAAUCAAGAUGAAACCGACAGAAUGAAGAGUUCUGCAAAAAAAAUCAGAUCUGCCUGCGAAUCUUUGGGGCUCGAUUAG